GUCAGCUUUCUCUUAGAUCUGUCUGUGCAUGAUAUUAAAAUAGCUGUACGUUAGGCUGCUUUGCAAGUCUAACUGUUGUGCUGAGCCUAAGAGUUGAAGCUUCAGCAGUAGUGAGGGUAUGGGUUAUACAGCUAGAGUUAAAGAAUAUAAAGUGUGUAGAACAACUGCUCCCUCUGUGAAUCAGGCAAAAAAGGGAAGAUUGGCACACACUUUCUGUGUGUGCUGCCCUGUGCGACACCAGGCACCCGGGCUUCCUUAUCAUGUGUGCCAAUUAUUUUCAUAUUCUUCUAUGAAUAAUCGUAGAGAUAAGUGGUUAUUGAACUCUGUAUUGGUUGCCAUUACCAGAAAUUCACUCCUCUCCGUAGCUGACACUUAACUGCUUUCAAAAGUACUUGGACAUCUGUUUAUCACUUGAGUGAAUUACUAGCUUCCAAAUCCAUGCAGUUAGAUUGUAGCCAUGUGGGAGCCAAGGUCUUCUUGGAGGCUUUAAAGGAUCAAACUCUGCUCAAGCUGACAAUGGCUGCUACAUACUGCCUUUGCCAGAUUAUUGCUUUUUUCCAGCAACGUCAUUUCCUUUCAUUGUGCUAGAGGCUUUUUCUUGGCUGAUGUUUUUCUUCAUAGUUUAGAGAUAUUUUCGUUUCAUCUGCUGUUACUUACAUCUGUGCUGCAGAUAUCAGUGUGGUUGUGUAGGUAUCAAGCUUAACAGACAGCUUAUUCUUUAUGCCAGUGAAUCUCAAAGGCAUCACUGAGAUGUUUUCUACAAUAUAAGCCAUGUUGUAUUCUGCUCUGCUCAUGAACAUACAUACUGGUUUAUGGCAUGAUGGUCCCAAAUAGGAAAGAUUAAAAGGAAAAUAACAGUAAAGUUUCUUUUGAUGUUACAGGGCAGGCAUACACCUCAAACAGCAGUAUAAUCUUGUACUGGGUGCAGUUUGUGUCCAUGUCUUUUCCCAAGAUAAAGAGCAAGUCACAAAAACAAGAUGUAGAAGAUAUUCUUUUCCAAAAUAUCCUGAUGGAGGUGAUGGCAAAGCUGUAAGGCUUGGUAACUUUGCUCAGUAGAAGAUACAAGCAUACCAGUGAUGCUCCCUGUACUGUGCAGUAGAAUCGUGGAGCAUCUAUCAGCAUUACGCUUUGCUAAACCAGAUGUAGGGCUGCUUUGUCUGAAGUGAUCCAAUGACCAGGAUGUGUUAUGGAAGGGGUGGUGUUUCAAAGUGUUUCUGUCCUAAUACCAUCUGAGCUCAUGGAUUUCUUUUUCUAAAAGUUGAUGAGGCUGAUGACUUUCAUGGGGAAUCCCAGUCUUCCUUCUCCUCCUCGAGGCUGCUGCCAAGCAGAAAAGUACUUUUUCCAAUGUGAAAUAAUUCAUCAUUUUUCCUUGUUGCAAAGAUAAUGUCCUUAAGUAGGAUGCGUCAUCAGCUGGCAAAAGAGACAGAGGCUGUGUAACACAGCCUUUUGCAGACUGUGUACUGACGAUACCGUAGUUACUCAGAGAUCAAAGCUUAAUGGCAUGAAUUGAGCUCAAAUGUUGCAAUUAUUAUUUUAGCAGGAUAUUCUAUUAUUUCGAGAUUCCACUAGAGAAGAGCUCAUUCUUUGAGAGCCAAAAAAAAAAAAACAAAAUCUGCCAAUAUGGACUAUGGAUUUUUGGACAUUGGCCGUGACAAAGCAAAUUACCUUUUGUGUUUGCUUUUGCCAAAGAAUGGACUAGGAUUUGGCUUUCUUUGUAGGGGGAAAGUAGGGGACGUUCAAUGUGAUGUUGAAAGUUGAAAUGCUUCAUGUAUUUCACAAUCUUCCAGUGGAAGCUGUUUUUUUUUUUUUUGUUAAAAUAGAUGACUGUAUUUCAUUUUGAGUGUUAUAUUUGACAUUUAAGAAAUUCCUCUUGGCUAAGUCCAUGCCACAGUCUCUUUCAUGUGCUUUUCUUUGGGUCAGUCCAGCUGUGGUGCAUGCAAGCUUGACAUCUUCCAUUGUACUGGAGCUGUGCUUGUUUUCACCAGUGAGCCUUUAAAGCAUGCUAGAAGUAACAAGAACCAGUUGUUGUGGUCAUUCUGGCAGGCAGGCAUUGCUCCCCUGUGACCUGGGACAGGUUUUCAAAACAGCUUGACAUGUUGUGGCACAAAGGAAGCUUAUAAAAUGCCAAGCUGUGUCUCAGAAUGUGGCUGUAUGUAAAUGUCUAAGGAGGCACUGAAGACCUUGGAAAACAUAGUUCAAUUUGCGUUACUGAGUACUGUGUAAGCUAGUGCUUGACUCUCUGGGAGACUGUCCGCUAUGGUUUAAUUCUGAUUGGUAGGGAUGGGCCCACCUGUGGCUCAGACAUACAUCUUAGGAGUUUAGUUCUCACAAAAGAGGAAAAUGGAUACUCUGAAGACGGAUUUCAGGGCUUGUUAUGUUACUUCUGGGCCAGGUCUUUCAAAAUCAUCAUCUACUCAGCUGUUCAUAGCAGAGCAUUCAAAAAGGUUCAGCACAUAAUACACUGACUUUUGAAAACCACAUUUGCACAGUCCUAGUGCCAAAGCUAAAUACCUUUGGAAAUCCCUUACCUUUUUGCCUAAUUAGUUGGGAAACCAGACAUCUGCCCCUAACGUAACACUGUAUUUGCUCCAACUCUUACCAUGGCAAGAUCCAAGCUCUUUUCUCUCUGUAGUACCUACUGCAGCAGACAAAACCAAGUAUGGGGUUAUGUCACUAGCGUUUUAAUAACAGCAGUUAAAGCAGGCUAUGACUAGGUAUUUUAUUGUCAGCCUGUGCUAAAACAGGUGGAGUCCUUUUUCACUGAUUAUCUCUGUCUCCAAUCUUUGGUGAGGUUGGGCACCUUAGAAAACAUCUAUUUGGUGUUUUGUAGCUGUGUGCCUGCUGCCUUAAGGAUUCUGUGGAUGAGUGAGAUGCUAUGUGUCUCAGUUCUGUCUGGACCAGAGGUGGCAGAUUGCUAGAGGGAUUCCAUGAGACUGUUUCAUCAGCUUCCUGAUGUUUUGGCACUAUCCUUUAGUAUUAGGUUUACAAAAUUUGACAUGCUCCUCAAAGAGGUAAAAGGAGUUAAGCUGGUGCUGGAUUAGCAUGAAGGUAGAUCUUAAAGUAUGUCUGUCAUACAAAUCAUUGUUAUUUAGAGGGCAGCAAUGUACUGGUUGCUUUCUGUGUUAGUAAGCACUGGAGAAACAAAGACAGAACCUGCUUACUACCUAACCUAAGGCUGGGUAGUGUGCAUAAAGUGAUGUAAACUAGUAGAGGAUCUUGCCAAGAAUUGCCACCCCAAUACUGUUGUUUGUGGUCCUAAUUAAAUUCUUGCCUGCUGACACAGAAGCUCUCAAAUUCCAUUGUUAGCAACAAGGAGUCAGUGUAACCCUUGUGAACUGACUGGGGUCAUUUUUGAAGAAGAAAGCAUUUCUCACUGAUUGACUUUUUAGAUGGAAUAGGAAACGUGAUGUCUGAUACUCAUUUGGCAAAUGGGAGAGAAAUGUCCUCUGUGGGGAGGUUAUGAAAGACCUGCUUUUAGUAUCUGUGUGUCUCCACUGAUAACGAUCCUGUGUCCCAGGCAGCAGGCUGUAGGUUCAAAGCUCACACCUCCACUGCUGAUCCUGCAUUGCUUGUGAUUGCUACAGAGUUUAACGGUGCUUAAACUAGGAGACUGAAAUGUGAGAUCUGGUGGCCAUAUUCUCAUCUCUGCUUUUGCUUUGCUUUGUGGCCUCAGUUAAUGCCCAGCCACAUCAUCUCUGCUGUGUUCUGCCACUGCUGCUGCACAACAGGAGGGAGCUCCUAGGCUUUGCUGACAGAAGAUGGCUUUCUGGACGCAGCUGGGAUUGCUGCUAUGGAAGAACUUCACCUACAGAAGACGACAGACUUUCCAGCUGCUGAUUGAGGUUGCCUGGCCUCUGUUUAUCUUCUUCAUCUUGAUCUCUGUAAGACUUUCAUAUCCGCCCUACGAGCAGCAUGAAUGUCACUUCCCAAACAAAGCCAUGCCUUCAGCAGGAACCUUGCCAUGGAUACAGGGGAUCAUCUGCAAUGCCAACAACCCUUGCUUCCGCUACCCGACUCCUGGGGAAUCCCCUGGUAUCGUUGGGAACUUCAAUGCCUCCAUUGUUUCCCGCCUGUUCUCAGAUGCCAAGAGGUUACUUUUGUACAGCCAACAGGAUACGAGCAUACGGGAUGUCCAGAAGGUCCUGGGAAAAUUGCGCAAGUUGGGAAAUUCCUCUGGCACAGACUUGAAACUUCGGGAUUUCCUGAUUGACAAUGAGACAUUCUCAGACUUCCUCCAUCAUAAUGUGUCCAUGCCAUCAUCUGCAGUGCAGGAUCUACUGGAUGCAGAUGUCAAUCUCCAGCAGGUCUUUUUAUCCGGUUACCGAAUGCAAGUGCAAGAUCUCUGCAAUAGAUCAGCACUGUCUGAAUUUCUUACAAUCCAAAAUCAGAUGGUGGCCAUGGACUCUGAAGCCUACAUUUGUACCUUGCCAAAGGAAAAACUCCAUGCAGCCGAACAAGCCUUCCGUGCUAACCUGAGUCCUUUGAAGCCCCUUCAGAGACUUUCUUUUAAUUCAUCAUUGUGGGACCUGUCAGAAACAGUGGAAGCUCUGAGAGCCAGCCUUCGGAAGCUUGUUAAAGAGUUGCUGAGCAUGAAGAGCUGGAGUGACAUGAGGCAAGAGGUGAUGUUUCUGACCAAUGUGAAUGCCUCAAACUCCUCUACGCAGAUCUACCAGGCUGUGUCACGAAUUGUGUGCGGCCAUCCCGAAGGUGGAGGGCUCAAAAUUAAAUCUCUUAACUGGUAUGAAGAUAACAAUUACAAAGCGCUGUUUGGAGGCAACGGCACUGAAGAUGAUGUAACUAACUUCUAUGAUAACUCCACAACACCUUACUGCAAUGAACUGAUGAAGAACCUGGAAUCCAGCCCGCUUUCCAGGAUUAUCUGGAGGGCUUUGAAACCGUUGCUGAUUGGGAAGAUCUUGUACACUCCAGACACACCAGCUGUAAGGAAGGUCAUGACUGAGGUGAACAGGACAUUCCAGGAGCUGGGUGUGUUUCGUGACCUCGGGGGGAUGUGGGAGGAGAUAAGCCCGAAGAUUUGGACGUUUAUGGAAAGUAGUCAGGAAAUGGAUCUCGUUCGGACAUUGCUGAAGAGCAAAGCUCUCUGGGACCUGCACAUGCCGUCUUCCAACUGGACAGUGGAGGAUGUUGCUCGGUUCCUGUCAAACCAACCUGAGGACUUUGAGACAGCAAAUGGCUCAGUGUAUACCUGGGUGGACGCCUUCAAUGAGACAGACCGGGCUAUCCAGACCAUCUCCCGCUUCAUGGAGUGUGUUAACUUGGACAAACUGGAGCCUGUGGCCACAGAAGUCCGGCUUAUAAACAAGUCCUUGGAGCUUCUGGAUGAAAGGAGGUUCUGGGCUGGUGUAGUCUUCACUGAGAUCGCUCCUAACAGCACAGAGCUCCCUCAACAUGUGAAAUACAAGAUACGCAUGGAUAUCGAUAAUGUGGAAAGGACCAACAAGAUCAAGGAUGGGUACUGGGAUCCUGGUCCCCGUGCUGACCCCUUUGAGGACAUGCGCUAUGUUUGGGGAGGCUUUGCCUACCUGCAGGAUGUAGUGGAACAGGCCAUCAUUAGGGUGCAGACAGGCACGGAGAAGACAACAGGCGUUUAUAUGCAGCAGAUGCCCUACCCUUGUUAUGUCGAUGACAUAUUUCUGCGUGUCAUGAGCCGCUCCAUGCCUCUCUUCAUGACUUUAGCCUGGAUCUACUCAGUAGCUGUGAUAAUUAAGGGCAUUGUGUAUGAGAAGGAAGCCCGGCUGAAGGAGACAAUGAGGAUUAUGGGACUUGACAACGGUAUCCUUUGGCUAAGCUGGUUCAUUAGCAGCCUCAUCCCUCUCCUGAUGAGUGCAGGCCUGCUGGUGCUGAUCCUUAAGAUGGGGAAUCUGCUGCCGUACAGCGACCCGAGUGUAGUCUUUGUUUUCCUCUCGAUCUUUGGCAUUGUGACCAUUCUGCAGUGCUUCCUCAUCAGCACCAUGUUUUCCAGGGCCAACCUGGCAGCUGCCUGUGGUGGCAUUAUCUAUUUCACACUAUACCUGCCUUAUGUGCUGUGCGUUGCCUGGCAGGACUAUGUCAGCUUCUCACUCAAGAUAUUUGCGAGCCUGCUGUCUCCAGUGGCCUUUGGCUUUGGUUGUGAAUACUUUGCACUGUUUGAAGAGCAGGGAGUUGGUGUUCAGUGGGACAACUUCUUUGAGAGCCCACUGGAAGAAGAUGGCUUUAGCAUCACCACAUCUGCUGUCAUGAUGAUGUUUGACACCUUCCUAUAUGGUGUCAUGACCUGGUACAUUGAAUCUGUCUUCCCAGGCCAGUAUGGGAUUCCCAGGCCCUGGUACUUUCCUUUCACAAAGUCGUAUUGGUUUGGUGAGAAACCACAGGACAGGGAGCACCGUUAUCCUGACCAGAAGGGGCCUUCGGAAGUCUGCAAGGAGGAAGAGCCUACACAUCUAAGCCUUGGUGUUUCCAUCCAGAACCUGGUCAAGGUUUAUCGUGAUGGCAAGAAAGUUGCUGUAGAUGGUCUCACACUGAACUUCUAUGAAGGACAAAUUACCUCCUUUCUAGGACAUAAUGGAGCAGGGAAAACCACUACCAUGUCCAUCUUGACUGGCUUGUUCCCCCCAACAUCGGGUACAGCCUUCAUCCUGGGCAAAGAUAUCCGCUCUGAGCUCAGCAACAUCAGGCAGAACCUGGGUGUCUGUCCACAACACAAUGUGCUGUUUGACUUGCUGACUGUGGAGGAGCACAUCUGGUUCUAUGCACGGCUCAAAGGACUGCCGGAAAAGAAAGUGAAAGAGGAGGUGGAGCAGAUGGCAGUGGAUGUCAGUUUGCCUCACAAACUGAAAGCUAGGACAAGCAAACUCUCAGGUGGCAUGCAGAGGAAGCUCUCAGUUGCCUUAGCCUUUGUUGGUGGCUCCAAGGUUGUCAUUCUGGAUGAGCCUACAGCUGGGGUGGAUCCUUAUUCUCGCAGAGGGAUAUGGGAAUUGCUCCUGAAGUAUCGGCAAGGUCGCACUAUCAUUCUCUCCACACACCACAUGGAUGAGGCAGACAUUCUGGGGGACCGGAUUGCCAUCAUUUCUCAUGGCAAGCUCUGCUGUGUUGGAUCUUCUCUCUUCCUGAAGAACCAACUAGGAACAGGCUAUUAUUUGACCCUGGUCAAGAAGGAUGUGGACUCCUCUCUGAGCUCCUGCAGAAACAGCAGCAGCACAGUGUCCUAUCUGAAGAAGGAUGACAGUGUUUCCCAGAGCAGCUCUGAUGCUGGCCUUGGCAGUGACCAUGAAAGUGACACACUGACAAUAGAUGUCUCUGCAAUUUCAAAUCUCAUUACAAAGCAUGUUGCUGAGGCCAGGCUGGUAGAGGACAUCGGCCAUGAAUUAACCUAUGUCUUGCCGUACAAGGCUGCUAAAGAGGGAGCUUUUGUGGAACUGUUCCAUGAAAUUGAUGACCGUCUUGCUGAUCUUGGCAUUUCCAGCUACGGCAUCUCUGAAACCACUCUGGAGGAGAUCUUUCUGAAAGUGGCUGAUGAUAGUGGCGUGGAUGCAGAAACCUCAGAUGGGACAUUGCCAGCCAGAAGGAACAGGCGUGUGUUUGGAGACAGACAGAGCUGCCUUCGUCCAUUUACAGAAGAUGAUGCAUUUGAUCCUAAUGAUUCAGACAUAGAUCCAGCAGAAUCCAGAGAGACAGACCUUCUCAGUGGCAUGGAUGGGAAAGGAUCCUACCAGAUGAAAGGCUGGAAGCUCACCCAGCAGCAGUUCAUGGCUCUGUUGUGGAAGAGGCUGCUUAUUGCCAAGAGAAGCCGGAAGGGCUUCUUUGCUCAGAUCGUGCUGCCUGCUGUCUUUGUGUGUAUUGCUCUCAUGUUCAGCCUGAUUGUUCCUCCCUUUGGAAAGUAUCCCAGCCUGGAAUUACAACCCUGGAUGUAUGAUGAGCAGUACACUUUUAUUAGCAAUGAUGCUCCAGAAGAUCCAAGCACUCAGAGGCUUUUGGAUGCCCUUCUCAAUAAACCUGGCUUUGGUACACGCUGUAUGCAGGGACACUCCAUCCCAGACACUCCUUGUACUGUGGGGCAGACAGAAUGGACCACUGCUUCAGUCCCAGACUCAGUCCUGAACAUCUUCUUGAAAGGCAACUGGAGCAUGGAGAACCCUUCCCCAUCUUGUGAGUGCAGCAAUGAGAAGAUCAAGAAAAUGCUGCCUGUGUGUCCCCCUGGUGCAGGCGGGCUGCCACCACCACAGCGCGAGCAAGAUACUACUGACAUCCUCCAGAAUCUGACAGGUCGCAAUAUAUCAGACUACCUAGUGAAGACCUACGUGCAGAUCAUUGGGAAAAGCUUAAAAAAUAAGGUCUGGGUGAAUGAGUUCAGGUAUGGUGGCUUUUCCUUGGGAGCCAGCAGUUCCCUCAUGCUUCCUCCAAGCCUUGAAGUCACUGAUGCCAUUAAACAAGUGAAGAAAAUCUUGGAGCUAGCACAGGGGAGUUCUGGAGAUCGGUUUCUCAACAGCUUGUCAAGUUUCAUGAAAGGCCUGGAUACAAAGAACAAUGUGAAGGUGUGGUUCAAUAACAAGGGCUGGCAUGCCAUUGCCUCCUUCUUGAAUGUGAUCAACAAUGCCAUCCUUCGGGCUAACCUGGAGCAGGGAAAAAAUCCUAGUGCUUACGGGAUCACUGCCUUCAAUCAUCCACUCAACCUCACCAAGCAACAGCUCUCUGAAGUGGCCCUGAUGACCACCUCAGUGGAUGUCCUAGUCUCUAUCUGUGUGAUCUUUGCCAUGUCCUUUGUUCCUGCCAGCUUUGUGGUUUUCCUUAUCCAGGAACGUGUCAGCAAGGCUAAACACUUGCAGUUCAUCAGUGGUGUGAAGCCUGUGAUCUACUGGCUGGCCAACUUUGUCUGGGAUAUGUGCAACUACAUUGUUCCAGCCACGCUAGUCAUCAUCAUCUUCAUCUGCUUCCAGCAGAAGUCCUAUGUAUCCUCCUCCAAUUUGCCUGUGCUGGCUCUCCUUCUGUUUCUCUAUGGGUGGUCCAUCACCCCUCUGAUGUAUCCAGCCUCCUUCGUGUUCAAAAUCCCCAGCACAGCAUAUGUUGUGCUGACCAGUGUGAACCUCUUCAUUGGCAUCAAUAGUAGUGUGGCCACCUUUGUCUUGGAGCUCUUCACCAACAACAAGCUGAACAAUAUCAAUGACAUCCUGAAGUCUGUUUUCCUCAUCUUCCCCCACUUCUGCCUGGGACGGGGACUCAUUGACAUGGUGAAAAACCAGGCUAUGGCUGAUGCUCUGGAGAGGUUUGGAGAAAAUCGUUUUGUGUCUCCUCUGUCAUGGGACCUGGUGGGAAGGAACCUCUUUGCCAUGGCAGUAGAGGGCGUUGUCUUCUUCCUCAUCACAGUGCUCAUCCAGUACAGGUUCUUCAUCAGGCCCAGGCCUGUCUAUGCCAAGCUGCCUCCUGUGAAUGAUGAAGAUGAAGAUGUAACCAGAGAAAGACAGAGGAUAAUUAGCGGAGGAGGACAGAGUGACAUCUUGGAAAUCAAGGAGCUAACCAAGAUUUACAGAAUGAAGCGAAAGCCAGCUGUGGAUAGGAUCUGUGUUGGAAUACCCCCUGGUGAGUGCUUUGGACUCCUGGGAGUAAACGGUGCUGGCAAGUCAUCUACUUUUAAGAUGCUAACUGGUGAUACAGAUGUGACAGGAGGAGAAGCUUUCCUCAAAGGAAACAGUAUCUUGUCCAACAUCCAAGAAGUCCAUCAGAACAUGGGCUACUGCCCACAGUUCGAUGCUGUUAAUGAGCUGCUGACAGGGCGAGAGCACUUGGAGUUCUACGCACUCCUGAGAGGUGUUCCAGAGAAGGAAGUCUGCAAGGUUGGCGAGUGGGCAAUUCGGAAACUGGGUCUUGUGAAAUACGGAGAAAAAUAUGCUGGGAAUUACAGUGGAGGGAACAGGCGCAAGCUCUCCACAGCCAUUGCCCUCAUUGGAGGGCCACCUGUGGUGUUCCUGGAUGAGCCAACAACAGGGAUGGAUCCCAAAGCACGUCGUUUCCUGUGGAACUGUGCUCUGAGUGUAAUCAAAGAGGGAAGAUCAGUGGUGCUCACAUCUCACAGCAUGGAAGAAUGUGAAGCCCUGUGCACCCGAAUGGCGAUAAUGGUCAAUGGGCGAUUCAGGUGUCUGGGCAGUGUCCAGCAUCUAAAGAACAGGUUUGGAGAUGGUUACACAAUAGUGGUGAGAAUUGCAGGGGCAAACCCAGACCUGAAGCCGGUUGAGGAGUUCUUUGGGCAUGCCUUCCCUGGAAGCGUCCUGAAGGAAAAGCAUCGGAACAUGCUCCAGUACCAGCUUCCCUCUUCACCAUCCUCCCUGGCCAGAAUAUUCAGUAUUCUCUCCCAGAACAAGAAGAGACUCCACAUAGAAGACUACUCCGUUUCUCAGACCACACUUGACCAAGUAUUUGUAAAUUUUGCUAAGGACCAAAGUGACGACGACCACACUAAGGAUCUGUCACUGCACAAAAGCCAGACUGUGGUAGACAUUGCAAUCCUUAAUUCCUUCCUUCAAGAUGAGAAGGUAAAAGAAAGUUGUGUGUGAGCCACUUUCAGCAAAGAAAUGAUGAGCAGAAUGCAAACUUCUUUUCCCUGGGAUAGGAUACUCCCAAAGAAGCUAGAGGAAGAGAAACUGGACACUCUACUGAUAACCAUUCAAUGCAAUGCAAUUCAAUGCAACAGAAACAAAAUUCCUUUACGGGGCAGUGCCUCAUGGAGUCGUCUUGUACUGUGCUGAAGUGAAAGACUUGAACUUAGCUCAUUCAUUACAGUAUAACUCUGAAGCUGUGGUAAAGCACCCACCAGAUGCUGUGGGAUUUCAGCUAUACUGUGUCUUGUCCUGUACAGUAUGCUUUUAGUAGCAUUGCAGAAAUAGUUCACUGUGGAAUCGUGGCCAGUGGUUAUUUAUAGGUAUUUUAGACAUGCAUGUUUUAGUCUUUAAAACAUUCGUGUUGUGAGUGGGAACUUCGUGGUGUUACAUCCAUUGCUGGCAAUGAAUGCACCAAGAGAGUCAGUGGCAAGAAAAGUCACCACCAGUGUUGUAGCCUUAGGUUGUGAAAACUUACCUGGUCAGCUGCUUUUCCUAGACUGGUGUAGGUGAGUUGAUGACAAAUCUGGGGCCACAGAGCAGUACUGUGCAGAUGGGAUGGCAAGAGACAGGCCAUCAUAUCUGUACAUCUCCAUCAGUAAGUGGUGAUACGCAGAACCGUGAACCCUGCAAAUGCACAGGAUUGACCCACCAGCAUCAUAACCAAUAACGUACUCUGACUAGGGUUUUGUGUAGUUAAGUACUCUCCUACUCUUUGAGGUACUGCAGCAGCUGCAUGAACACCUAGUAGGAGGAGGUGGGUGAGAAGCAGAUCUAGUGUUUGGACCACAGCAGCAAACUCAGUAGUUGUACAAGCUGCUAAUGCCAAGAGCAAACUCUAAAUCAUGAGAUGUCACUCAGAUACGUAAUAUCUGCUCUUUAACCCCUGCUUUGCAGCAGAAAGGUACCCAUAAUCUGACAUUACUGCUUAGCACAAGCAUGUUGCCAUUUCUGGCUUUGACAGAUAAAACUAGAAAUGAGAUGUAGAUUUUUUUUUUUUUAACAGUAUUAUUUAUGACUUUAAAUAAGUAGGUAGCUUAAUUAGGGAUUGAAAGUGCUUUCAGCUGAUCUUUGUAGCCACAGUAUUUCUUUACAUUGUGCCUGCAAUGCUAUGCUCUCGUUCUGUCGAUUCAGUGAUAGCAAUGUUCACGAUCUGACCAAGUUCCAGACUCUAGCAAUCAGCUGCUAUCUGCAAAUACUGCAAGUUGUUCCCCUAAAAUGUUCUUGUUUGGAAACUGGUAUAACAUUAGAUUAAGGUGUAAGUUUCUGCUUCUAUUGUGCAGUGUAGUUUCAGUCAUUAGGUGAUCCCUAACUGGAGAACACAUCCCUAUUACACAUGUGACAAACUGCCUCAGUAAAAAUCCCCUUGAAGGACAAGAUUCUUCAAAGUAGUAGUGCUACAGUUACAUCAGUCGAUAAUUUUUGAAGUUUUACAAAGCCAGAAUAAUGUUAGAGGGCAUAUUAUUUAGUAAGAGCAACCAAUUCUCAUUGACAUUGUACAACAGUCAUGGGAGAGUAUGCUUUCAUUAAGAUGCUUACGGGCCCCUUUACCUUGCUUUUACAUUCAGAAAUAGGUUUGGUAAUGUGGUUUGAACCCAAGUGCAGUUCCCAGGCUAUUCAAGUAUGUCAUGCCCCUGCCUUAAAUACCUGUACAGGUUCAGCACUAGUUCUUGAUGCCACUCCACCAUGAACCAGUCAUGGACCGUUUUCUUCUGUGAAUGUCCACAGCAGCCCAACAGUGAAGAGGCUGGUGUGAGCCAGACAGAGCCUUGGGUGACAUGGUCUAGUGUGAGGUGUCCUUGCCCAUGGCAAGGGGUUGGAACGAGAUAAUCUUAAGGUCCUUUCCAACUCAAACUAUUCUAUGAUCCUGUAUUUCCAGCUAUACUUGGUAACACUGACCAAAUCAGCUAUUUUGAAAAACAGUUAAAUAUUUAGCACAGGUUCCCAAUCCCUGCUGUGUCCUGCCUUGGGAUAAAGUAAGAGCUUUCUACAUGCUCUGCUGAAGUGCCUUUUUCAUACUAUUUUUUUUUUUUUUAACUGUAUUUAGUACAUUGCUAAGGGGAUUGAGAAAGGAGUAUAAUGGGGAUUGGUAUACCUCACUUAAAACAUGAUUUGUUAUUACCUUUAUGGCAUUGUCACCCUAUGGGGAUGAGUAACAGGGUGAUGAAUAUACCAGACUUCCAGGUGCAGAAAAAUUACUAAACAGCUGAGCUACAGCCAUGAAGACUCUGCAAGUAAGUCAUAGCUGCAGCUGUGUUACAGUAUCAUUGAAACAACUAGCAUGUAUUAAAGGCUUACCACUGCUAAAAAUCACUAUUACAAAUCAGCAUUAAGUCACCAAAGUGAAGGGCUUAAGUUUUGCACGGCACCAAACUAGUGCAUGUAGAACUAGAACGAGUUCUAGAAGGAUUCAGAUUUGGUCCCGAAAGGGCUGUGGUUUGGUCUUUGUAACUGCUCAUUUAAAUGAUUAAUUUAGCAGGAAACAACAGUUACAUCAUAAUCCUCUUUCCUUAUCCCACCAACAAAAUUCUUGAUUCCUAUUGCCCUGUGACUGUCAUGCUCAUACAGAGUCUACUAUCAGUGACAAAAUAUUACAGUAAAUACAUAUCUUAACCAGACUAUUUCACAGCUCUGAUCUGACUCAUUUGUACUGAACAGACAGCAUAAUUCAACUCUCACAUGAAGAUUUGUCAUGCAAUAGGUUCAGACAGCCACUAACUUACUCGUGUUGGGGGAAAAAAAUCACUCUAGAGUCACAUACAGUAUAUGAACCACUCUUGGUAAUGAAACUGCGCUGAGGUGUUAACUUAUUCUGAAUCAUAUUACUAUUGACAUGUUGCAUCCCUCUUUCUUUGUAGUACAUUUGUAUUUUGGUAAGGAGCUGUUGUGUUUUCCCCAUGGUUAAACUACCACUUUGUGCUUAUCCUUCCCUCCUGAAUUAUAGCUGGUCCUUCGUUCCAAGCACUUUAUGCUAUCUGUAAUGGGAUCUAUUUUUUGCACUGGAAUAUCUGUUAACUUCGCAAAAAUCUAGAGAGAUUUCACAACUUAAAUUCCUAAGUUAAAUCCUUAAAUGGUCAUUUUCAAUAGAAGAAAAAAAAAAGUAUAUAUAUUUGUAUUUGCUAAUAUCUGUUAUGUGAAGUAUUAAAAGGCACUCUAAUUGCCUUGUAUUAAGUGAAAAAUAAAGCUGUUGUGGCACCA